GUAUUAUGAAGAAUUUUAACUUUAACCUCAUUAUGCAAUAAUUAUAAUCAAUAAUUGAGAAUGCUUUAGGAGGAAUACUUUUCUGUUGCAUACAUCUUCUGUAUCUGCACCCCUUUAGCAAGCAGAUGACAUGUCCACACUACUUUUUGAAAUGCCCUAUUGCCUCCAUCACAAGUGUAGCACGUAGCCCUGUAUGGUUGCUUAUCCUGUGGUACUAAUGGCUGGCUUUAAGCUGCAGUUGAAAUGUCACUGCAUUUGACAUUACUUAUCAGAGUAAUGUAUAGGGCGUAUCCUAAUGCCGACUUCAUGUGAUUGAGUAAGCGCUCAUAUCCAGUGCAUCCCUAGCUACUGUGCCGCAGAAACCCACGCGCACAAUCUGUAUUUCAAAUUCAAACUUUAACGGAAACCUCGCGGAUCAGCGCAAGCCUGAGCCAACGGUUACGGCCAACUGUUCACCGUUACAGCUGAGGGAAAUAGCUUACGUUAGUUCUUCCAGCUGAAAAUUCCCAUAAUUGUUCUGAAACACAUUAACGUGUCAUUAUUAAUCGAUAAUCAACUUAAGCUCGUGAUUAUUUAUCAUAAGCAACAUUAACGUCAGACAGUAUAAUGCUAACAUUAGCCAAGGUUAACUUAGCAGAACUCCACACUGAGGUAGGUUAAAAAUAACGGUAAGUUGUGGUGUUGAACUUGCGGAAUGCGGAACCACAGUGCAGCUUCGUGAAAAAAAAAGGAACUGACAAAAUUGGCAUUAUACUGUGUGUAACUUAACUAACUCUGUAACCGGAUUGAUAUCGCCAGUACGUUUCUCUCUAAAGCUACCAACGUUUCAUAUUCCCCCAUCCAGGUUCUGGCACUUCACGAAAUGACGGCUAUGAAAGUUUCCCUUUGCCAAGUGCAAACCUUUCCAUACGUUUCCUGUUCAGAUGAUACGUUUUGGUGCGAGUUAAGUUGGUUCUGCCAUUGGCCCUUAUUAGCCUUAUGCUAUUCAGUACAUUUAAGCUGUAGGUGUGUGUGUUUCUUCUGAAUUUGCAGGCUGUUUUUGUUGGCUAAUAGCGUGUGUGAAGGAAAUCGUUAGUGGUUGAUCUGCAAGCUGUGCUCGGUCUUUUAAGAAUGGCCAAUAAGAAUCGAAUGGCUUCCUGCUGGCAACACCUCCAUCGGUCACUAACGCAGAUGGUUCAGCCUUCGUCUCGUUUCUGCUUUGCAGGAACUACUUCAGGCGCAGGAGGAGAACAUGGCGCAGUAUUUAAAAGAUUGCAGUGUCUCUUGUAAGCUCUUAUGGGAUGACCUACAAGCUCUGUGUCGCAGACAGAGAUUAGUGUGCGAGCAGCUAUCUGUAACGAAACACAACUUCAAUGACUACGAGGUGGAGUACUUAUGUAACUACAGAAAUAUUAAGGGUCGAGAGUUUUUCCUGGUGAAGUGGAAAGGUUACUCGGAGGCUGAGAACACAUGGGAACCUCGCAGAAACCUCAAAUGCCCCAAAAUGCUGAGAGAGUUUCGGCGAGACAUGCGCCUGGCGCUGCUUUUGGCUAAUAAACCACUGGACUCCACAUCACUGGAUGCUUCUUCUGCUUCCUUCCUGCUUCAGAAGGCCAAACAGCGUCUGAAACUUCUGCGCUGGGAGGAACAGCUGAACCGGACCUGCAAGCACAAGGGUCGCAUCUUUGUACUCAAUGAGGUGGACCUGGAUGGCCCUCCCAAAGACUUUAUGUACAUCAGUGACUAUAGGAUUGGCGAAGGGGUGAAGUUGAGUCAGACAGCAGCAGGCUGUGAGUGUGCAGACUGUAUAAGGGACCCUGUAAACGGUUGCUGUGCAGGAGCAUCCAAGCACCGUAUGGCAUAUAAUGACAGCAGGCAGGUAAAAAUCAAGCCAGGUUUGCCUAUCUAUGAGUGUAACUCCCGGUGCCGCUGUGGGCCAGACUGUGGGAACAGAGUGGUGCAGAGGGGCAUUCAGUACGACCUGUGCAUCUUCAAGACAGCCAACGGAAGAGGCUGGGGUGUGCGCACGCUUGAGAGAAUUCACAAGAACGCAUUUGUUAUGGAGUACCUUGGAGAGAUUAUCACUUCGGAGGAGGCAGAGAGGAGAGGAGAAACAUAUGACAAGCAGGGAGCCACCUACCUGUUUGAUCUGGAUUAUGUGGAUGAUGUUUAUACAGUGGAUGCUGCCCAUUAUGGAAAUAUCUCCCACUUUGUCAACCACUGUUGCGACCCAAACUUGCAGGUGUAUAACGUUUUCAUUGACAACUUGGACGAACGCCUUCCCAGGAUCGCAUUUUUUGCAACACGAGCAAUCAAAGCAGGGGAGGAGCUCACGUUUGACUACAAAAUGACAAUUGAUGAAGUAGAUGCAGAGAGUGCCAAAAUGGAUGCAAGUUUCAGCAUGGCUGGAGUACAGGGCACUCCUGUCAAAUCUAUGCGCAUGGAGUGCAAGUGUGAAGUAGAGAAGUGCCGGAAAUACUUGUUUUAGUAAUAUCUUUCUGAUGGUGAAUACACUACUGCCAUCACUUUAUUUUAUUUUAUUAUUUUUUGUCCUUCAGACAUUUCUUUGGUUCAGUCUUUGUACUGUGUAGUAGUUCUGAGCUCUGAAUUUGUUAAAGAAUGUUGCAGUAGUUUUAGGUGGUAUUUACUGUUCACAACACUGUGGUUUUAGCAGUUGUUUUAAUAUUAGUUUUAUACAUGUUACUUUCUACCUUUUUCUAGGGGUGGGCAAUAUGGGAUUAUGACAAAUAUUGUGAUGCUUAGACAUUUUCAUGAUACAUUAUAUGUAUCACAGUAUGCUUACACAGACAGAAUGCACUAGUAGUGCCACAGUCAAAUACCAUCAAAUAAUUCCAGUGGUUUUUAUUUAACAUUUCACAUUCUGUACUGUGAUAAAACCAAUUAAAUAGGGCUGAUAAUGCUCUCUUUAUAAUGAAAAGGUAUGGAAGAUAUCCAUGAGAUUCUCAGAAAAGCAUAUUCUGUAUCACAAUAAUACA